AUGUGGAACGUGCUCAAGGCUACGCUGGUUGGUGCGUCGGUGGGGUUGUUGUCGGCGACUUGGGCGAUUUCAGCACCUGUAGGGAUGGUGGAGCGGGCCGAGACGUACGUCGGCUACGGCUUCUACUACUUUAUCGGCAAUGCGGCGGGUGAAGAGCGGAUCUUUGCGGCGGUUAGUCAGGGCAACUCUCCCACGGGCUGGGACCUGGUCAAUGGCGGGCAGCCGAUCCUGACGUCGACGGUGGGUACGCAGGGUGUACGCGACCCGAGCAUCGUUCGCUCAGCAGAUGGAAGCAAGUUUUACCUGCUCGCUACCGACCUUAACAUCGGGUCGGGAACGUCGUUCGGUGAAGCGGCUACGCUGGGCUCGCGCAGCAUCGUGGUUUGGGAGAGCAGCGACGAUUUGCAGUCCUGGUCCGAGCCAAGGCUUGUGGAGGUGAUUGGCAAGGAGGGUGGAAGUGCUUGGGCUCCAGAGGCACUGUACAAUCCCGCGACGCAGAAGUACGAUGUCUACUUUUCCGCGCAGCUCUAUCCCGAUUCGGAUACGAACCACACGGGAUCGUCGUACUUCCGCAUCAUGCGAUCAAGCACCACCGACUUCACCAGCUUCAGCCCCGCGGAAGUGUACGUGGACAGGAAGGGCGAUUCGGUGCUCGACAUGACGUUCCUCCAAACCAACACGGGACUGUACAGGUUCAUCAAGAACGAGAAUCCGACGUCGGACCCUCAUCCGCUCACCGUGUACCAGGAGCGCAGCGAUGGCGGUGUGGACGGAAGCUGGACCAAGGUGACGGAGAACAUUGGAGCUGGAGUGAUUGGGGCCAACGAAGGACCCACUGCGUUUGUGGAUAACACGGAUGCAGGCAAGUCGUGGCUGUGGGUGGACGAGUACACGAACCGUGGCUAUGUGGCACUCAACACCAACAACACCCAGCAGGGCACAUGGACCUUCGACUCGGCCGCAAACGAGCCGAGUAACCAUGCUCGACAUGGAACCAUCAUCCCGCUGACCCAGACGCAGUACGAUAACCUGCGUGCGCAGAUCUAA